AUGUCGCAUGCCAAUCUGAUGAACAACUACUUCGACCCCAACUCGGUGUACAUAGAAGAGGAUUUCAGACGUCACUUCCGGAUGAGGCGUCAUAAGCGGGACAGAGCAGGUCGCCUUGGUUUUUCACCUUAUCAGAAGGUUACUGUUGCACUCCGAAUGAUGGCAUAUGGCUCCUCAGCUGAUUUGAUGGAUGAAACUUAUGGUAUGUCUGAGUCUACAUACCUUGAUACUCUUGAACAAUUAUGUGACACAAUUAUUCAGGUUUACAACGACGAGUACCUCUGCAAGCCAAAUCAAGAAGAUCUGAAGCGGCUCCUUCGCAAAGCUGAAGACCGCGGGUUUCCGGCAUGA